AUGGUCGCGUUAAAGGGCCGUCUGGCCAAGUUCAACGUCGCCAACCGGCUGGAGAAGAAGGCUCUUCUCAACACCGUCUGCCUCGUGGCCGGCAUCUCCAUCUUCUUCUUUGGCUACGACCAAGGCCUCAUGGGUGGCGUGAACACGGCGCGUAACUAUGUCGAGCUCAUGGGAUUCGGACACUGGGACGAGGAGGCUGGCCUCGUCGUCAUUGACAACCCCGUCGAGCAGGGCUGGAUCAACGCCUGCUACUAUCUGCCCGGGACACUGGUCGGCUGCCUGGUGGGUGGAUGGCUGGGAGACCGGUACGGACGCACGACGACGAUCGGCUGGGCGUGUAUUUGGGGUAUCGCCACGGCUGCUCUGCAGUCAGCAGCUCAGAGCUCGGAGAUGAUGAUUGUUGCCCGUGUUCUCAACGGUCUGGGUACAGGAGUCCUCAACGCGGUGACACCCGUCUGGGCUACCGAGACGGCAUCACACACCUCCCGCGGCCAGUUUGUCGCGUCCGAGUUCACGCUCAACAUCUUUGGCGUCGUGGUCGCCUACUGGCUGCAGUUUGGCCUGUCCAAGAUGCCCAACCAGCACUCAUCCUUCAUCUGGCGCUUCCCCAUUGCCUUCCAGAUCCUGCCCCUGAUCGUGCUCUUGAUCGUCAUCUGGUUCAUGCCCGAGUCCCCCCGCUGGCUCGUGCGCGUAGGCCGCGCCGACGAGGCCCGCUUCAUCCUCCAGCGCCUCCGUGGCGGCGAGGGCGAGGAGGGCGAGGCCGCCGAGAGCGAGCUGCAGGACAUUAUCAACAUUCGCGACUUGGAGGAGGAGACGUCCCAGCAGCAGAGCUACCUGGCCAUGUUCUUCGGCAUCGGCUCCGGCAAGCUGCACACAGGACGCCGCGUCCAGCUCGUCAUCUGGCUCCAGAUCUUCCAGGAAUGGGUCGGCAUCGCUGGCAUCACCAUAUACGGGCCCACCAUCUUCACCAUUGCCGGCAUCAGCCCCGAGGAUCGCCUCUGGGUCAGCGGGCUCAACAACAUCACGUACAUGUUCGCCACCCUCAUCUGCGUCUUCACCCUCGACAGGAUCGGUCGUCGCUGGACACUGUACUGGGGCGCCGCCGGCCAGGCGGUCAGCAUGUUUGCGGCGGGUGGCCUCGCGCGUACCACCAUCAACGCGGCCGAGGGCAACAAGGCUGGCGUCGGCGGCGCAGCGACCUUUUUCGUCUUUCUCUACACCGCCAUCUUCGGCGCCACCUGGCUCACGGUGCCGUGGCUCUACCCGGCCGAGAUCUUCCCUCUGCAGGUCCGCGCCAAGGGCAACGCCUGGGGCGUCGUGGGCUGGUCGAUCGGCAAUGGCUGGUGUGUGCUUCUCCUGCCGACCAUUUUCGACGCCCUGAACGAGAAGACACUCUACAUCUUUGGUGCGGUCAACAUCGCCUGCAUCGUCAUUGUGUGGGCACUCUACCCAGAGUCUAACCAGCGUACUCUGGAGGAGAUGGACUUGGUCUUUGCCUGUGACAGCAUUUGGACUUGGGAUGCCGAGAGAAAUUUCCGCAAGAUCAAGGAGGAGAACCCGGAUCUUGUCAUGGCCGCCAAGGCAGGACAGCCAGUUGUUGACUUGGAGGGUCGCAGGGUUAGUCAUGUGAGCAAGAGGGGCGUUGGGUCCGAGUGA